AGCAAACGCAGCUGAACGAGCAAGCGCAGCCGAGCGGACAAGCGCAGCCGAGCGGACAAGCGCAGCCGAGCGAGCAAGCACAGCUGGACGAGCUUGACGCCCUGCAGCGCUUCAUGGAGUCGCUGCCCGAAAAGGUAACAGCACACUUGCACUGCAACGCCCUUUUUAUACUUCAACUUGAAAAGUGUACCUGAGCUGUGGCUAAUCUGCCGGCUGUGCUUGUUUUUGUUGCGCUGUAGCUGGAGAAGAGCCCUUACGACUACACCACGUACCUGCAGUGGAUUGAUCUUCUGCGCCCCGUUGCCGACAUUGCGUCCCUGCGCGCGGCCCGGGAACACAUGUGGCAGAACUUGGCUGUCCCAGAGGACCUCUGGGCCAAAUGGGUCGCUGACGAGAGAACACAGCCCGACGCGCUCCACGACCCUACGGCAAUUGCAUACAUAAGGGACCUUCUGGAGCGCGCCGCCAAAGAAUAUUUGUCUGUUUCUGCAUGGCAAAGCUACAUCGACUUUGUUCGGGAGGUUGAGCACAGCGAAGAUGAGAAGACGCGCGUGGCAGCUGCGUCCAGCUUUGGGUCUGAGAACUACCUGUUCUCCGCCUUGCAAGAGGCUGCCGCCGCAACCUACGCCCACUUCAAACACAGCAACCAAAUAUGGUCCCAGUACAGGGAGUGCGUUGAGCAGGAAAUUGAAAAAUCGGAGGGCUCACAGCGCGAGGCGCUGAUCGACCUGUUGCAGGCUGUGUAUUUGCAGAGGCUCGGCUGCCCCCACGCGGAGCUAGAGGAUACCUUUUCAAUGUAUUCGAGCUUUAUCACAAAGUUUAUGAACGCCAGCUACGAGCAGCAUAUGGUUGAGGCAAACGCCAUUGUCAGCGCCACGCGCCAGGCGUGCGCAAAGCGAGAGGGCUACGAGGCCGAGCUGGCAGCAUCGGGCACUGACUGGGCCGCAUUUAAGCUGUACAUAGACAAGCUGACGCGCGACAAAGCAGCGGAUCCUGCCGAGAUAUCAGUGCUUUACGAGCGUGCGGUCGCACUCAACUACUACACACCGGCCAUCUGGGACGAAUAUAUUGCGUUCGCUGUUGCCAACACCACAGAGUUGGGCGCAGAGGUUGUGCUGUGCCUGUCCAGUCGAGCAGUUCGAAAUUGCCCGUGGUCGGGCAGGCUAUGGGCGCAGCUCCUGCGCGCCAUCUACGAGCAGCAGGGCUAUGCCGCGGCCGCUGGGAUCUACGACCGAGCACUGGCCACUUACGCAGUCGAGUAUAGCAUGUGCGAGUUUUCCCAGCUAGCUGUGGCUUUUGUCACUGUCGCGCGCCUGGAGUACUCGGAUCAGCAGCGCGGUGGCGAGCGCGCCGCCUCUACCAUCGCCGUCGCCACGCUGCAGGAUCCGAAUCUGGAUCUGCUUGCAGUGUGCGAGGGUUGCCUGGCGACUGCACACACGCUGCAGCCAGAGACAGCAGACCCGCUAUUGCAUCUAGAGCGCUGCUGCACUUCGGUGGCAGUGCAUGUUCUGGCUGAUGCAGAGGCAGCACGCAGAAUGUGGACCAGUAUCUGCAAGAGCCGCAAGGUGUGCGCGGAGGCCUGGGUGCUCUCGGCCGAUUUUGAAAGGACGAGUGGCACCGAAGACAGCACUCGCAGCGUCUUCCGUCACGCAUCGCAGCGAAGGCUCGAUAACCCAGAGCGCCUGUUUGACGCGUGGCUCGCGUUUGAACACUCAUUUGGCACUCUCGAGUCAUUGCGCUAUGCCGAGGUGUUUAUCCAAACGCAGCGUCAUUUGAUAUGGCGCAGGAUUGAGCGCGAGGCCCAGGCCCAGGCCCAGAUGCCGGAGCAUCCGCAGUCUAUGCCGGCUGCUACGGUUGCCAGUUCUGCAGCGGAGGAUGCCGCUCAGCCAGGCCAUGCAGAACAUGACCAGCCCAACAAAAAGACCAAGAGAAAGCACGACGACGACAUUUCUUCCUCCUUGUCUCUCGUUCCGUCCAAAGGCGACGGCGAUGGGAACAACCAACGCAGUACAAACUCUGUGUUUGUUAGUGGCCUGCCAUUGACAUUUAGAGCAGAGAAUGUCGAGGCGCUUCUGGGCGGCUCCAGCAGCGUCAGUCGGGUGACAAUGCUCACAAACAAGGAGGGCGGGUUCCGCGGCCAGGCACGGGCAGACCUGCUGUCCAACGAGGCCAUGAUCGCGGCAUUGGACAAAAACGGGGUCAAAGUUGAUGGCCAAUUUGUCUCUGUGCACGUAUUCAAGCAGCACAGCCAGCACCCGCACCCGCACCCGGCCCGCUCUCGUGCGGCGGCAUCCGAGGUGGCUGUCAAGGUGACCGGGUUCUCGCCAGAGACGGGGAACAAGCAGCUCGAGGGCAUAGCGAAGCAGGCGGGGGCGGUUGUAAGAGUGCGCAGGAACCAGCAGGGCGAUGCGGCGUUUGUAACUAUGAAGUCGAUGGACGAUGCCAAAAGGGCGCUUGGCGCUCUGGAUGGCUGCUCUAUCGAUGGAAGAGUACUAUCGGCAAACAUCGAUGAGUCCGGUGCCAGCAAUGUCACGGGUGAGGGCGUCAAGGGCCAAGGCGCAGACGCUGGGAAUAGCGCUGCGACAAAGACGGACGCGCCUCUCAGCCUGGUUCCGCGACGCGCAGCGGGCAGCAGCCGGCCGGCAAAGCGCUUGGCCCUGGCGAAAAAAAGGCUGCCCAAACCCGACGAGGCCGCAGAUCGCAGCCCGGCACCUGCCGCAUCUGAGGGUGCGCGGUCCAACGCCGACUUUCGCAAUCUUUUCCUGACAACGCAGCAGGGCGCCGACAAGCAAGAGAACAGCGGCUGCUAGCAGCGCGCGUCACGAUAUGGUGCGUUUUUUUAUUAUAAA